AUUGCGCUAAGCUAUGUGUUUGGGAGCGUGACGACAGUUAAUAUAACGUGUUCGAAUUCUUUUAAUCGGCAUAGCCUGCCGCGAACAAUCAGAGACGCCCUCGUUGCAUGCUAUGAACUUGGCUUCAAGUAUUUGUGGGUGGAUCAGCUUUGUAUCAACCAAAGCGACCCUGUCGACCAGUUGCGCCAAAUCAACCAGAUGAGCCAUAUCUAUGAAUGCGCUGCAUAUACUAUAGUUGCACUUGCAGGUGAGGACUCCAGUUAUGGUUUACCUGGAGUUACCAAGGCCCGCUCUUGGAACUUCAAGUGUAUCACAAUUGGCAACACCAAUAUCACGACACUGCCACCAGGUCCUGAUUUCUGCAUUACGCAGAGUAAAUGGUAUACCAGGGGUUGGACAUUUCAAGAAGCUAUGUUCUCCUCAAGGCUAAUCCUCUUCACCAGCUACGGUGUUCACUGUAGCUUUCGCGACAAAUAUGGUUGGCUUUUGUCGAAAUCCGAAUAUAAUACGCGCGACGAAGCCUUCAAGCUGCCGCGCCCGGGUGAAUACUGGUCGGCAUUAGCACAAUACACAACUAGAGACUUGACGUUCCCGUCGGAUAUUCUAAGGGCCUUUACUGCAGUCCUGCGGUCUAUUUACGGGGAUUACACAUACUAUGGGUUACCCUUUCAAGAGAUUGACGAUGCAGUCCUUUGGGCUCCAAACAAGGUUACUUCAGCACCCACGAGUAAGAGGCAUGGCUUUCCAUCGUGGUCUUGGGCUUCCCACUGUGGCCCAGUAUCUCCUCCUGAUGAUGACAGAGCUGCCGGACUUGCCAUAUGGGCUCUUCCACCACGUGGCUUAGGAACAGCAAUCACUUUCUGUAGACCGCGCCAGGAGCAGCAAUGGCCGAAAAUGUGGUAUUCCAUGUCACUUUACCGCAUGCGCCUAAUAGCUAGCGCAUUGUUCACAGGUUGUCUGCGGAGCAACAUCCAUCUAGACGCAUGUCUCGACACCCAGGCCUGCGAGCAACUAUUC